GUUCCUCCAUGGGCUCUGGCUACCAUUCUGAUUGUGGCCGGCCUGCUCCUGCUGUGCUGCUGCUUCUGUAUCUGUAAAAAAUGCUUUGGGAAGAAGAAGAAAGGCAAGAAAGGUAAAGACAAGGUCAAGGCUCAGAUUAACAUGAAGGAAGUAAAAGAAUUGGGAAAGAGUUACAUUGAUAAGGUGCAACCCGAUGUUGAGGAUUUGGAUCCCUCUCUCUUAGGAGAAGGCAAAGAAGAGAAGCCCGAGGAGAAACUCGGAAAGCUGCAGUAUUCCUUGGAUUAUGAUUUUCAAAAUGGGCAGUUGGUUGUGGGAAUUAUACAGGCUGCAGAUCUUCCAGCUUUGGACAUUGGUGGAACAUCUGAUCCUUAUGUCAAAGUUUUUCUUCUCCCCGACAAAAAGAAGAAGUAUGAAACAAAAGUACAUCGUAAGACUCUCAACCCGACCUUUAAUGAAACAUUCACAUUUAAGAUCCCCUAUGCAGAGCUGGGAGGGAAGACAUUAGUGAUGUCAGUAUAUGAUUUUGACCGGUUUUCGAAACAUGAUGCCAUUGGGGAAGUCCGUGUACACAUGAACACUGUGGAUCUGGCUCAUGUAAUUGAAGAGUGGCAGGACCUUCAAUCAGCAGAAAAGGAAGAGGUAAGUCAUAUUACAUCUACUUAUUUAGGAACCAAGUGUAAUACCCUUGGAUUUGUAGUGAAAAAAUGUAUUCAAAAUGAAACAUUUCAGCAUAAAAUAAUGUAA